AUGCGAUCUUGUGCUUAAUUUCUAGCACUUGUAGUCCUUGAUGAGUUGCAUGAUGGUGGCGAACCGCUGCUUCGGGAGAUGUUUCGUCGCGAUGUUCGCCAACAUCGUGGCACUAGACUGCCUCGCGAGCACUGAAGCUCAGCGCUUGGAGUUCGGCCUCCACGGUGUUCUGUGCUGCGAGAGUCUGUGCCUUGGCUCCGAAGCUGAUCAGUCCCCCUCCUAGGAAGAACAGGUAUCCGGUGGUAGACCUGCCGUUGUCUGGGUUGGCUCCAAAUGACGAGUCAGUGAAGCACGAGAGUCUGAACUGCCCCUUCUUGUACACGAUCAGCAGGUCCGGCGUUCCGCGUAGGUACCGUAGUAGGUGCUUGGCCGCAGCCAUGUGGACCUGUGCUGGGUUUGCGCAUGCCCGUGUCAGUUGGUGCACUGCGUAUGACAGAUCGUAGCGGGUGCAUUGGGCAAGGUACAGGAGACUCCCGGUGAUGGCCUGGAAUCUCUGCUUGUCCUCGGGUCCGAGCAGUUGGUCUUGUGGCUGCUCGGUUGAUAGUUCUGCUCCAUACCCGGGGGUGCUGACCGGGUUUACCUGUUCUAUUCCGUAUCGCUUGUCGUGCCCUGCGAUGUCCUGGAUGGUGUCGUAGUCCGCGGGUUGUUGUUGCUGUCAGCUCCCCCAGCAGCAAAGUAGUUGUCGGAAUCCAUGCCCGCGUUGUUUUGGCGAAGUUCUGCUCGGCUGAUGUUGUCUUGCUGCAUGUU